CUUUUCCCCGUUAAUCAGAAUCAUGUGGUGCAGCCCACAUGCAGAAACACGCAUUAAAAAUAUAUAUAAUUCAUGAAAUUAUAUCAUAGAGAGGAGCCCCUCAUGUAUGUCAAGGUCAGUAACUCUUUUAAAAAUAUAAUCUGAACAUUUUGUAUUCCAUUAAAAAGAUCCCUGUCCAAGAGACCAAUAUCCUGUCUCAUCUGUGGUGUAUGUGUGUUUUAGAGAGAUCUGUCCUGAAGAAUCCUUGUAAUUGUGCCGUUACAAGGUGCCAGUCCUUACCCAUGUCCCUCCCCGUGAACCGAAGACCAUCUGCUGGUUCCCGCAAAAGGUCUGCUGCCCCAAGCAGCACUCGACACUCGCUUGGAGACUCGACUGUCCGUAGCAGUUACUCAACAGCAUCCUGCAAGUGCACAGAGAGCAAUACUGUACCACGCUCCAAUCCAGCCACACCACGACGGCAGGUAAAGUAUGCGACCUGUAGUGAGAAUCACGGGAUCCGUCCACCAGCUCCUGAGCAGUAUCUCACCCCACUGCAGCAGAAGGAAGUGUGUAUUCGUCACUUACGAGCUCGGCUGAAGGAAAAUGUGGAGAGGCUUCAGGACCGAGACUCUGAGGUCGAGGAGUUACGGAUUCAGCUGACUAGGAUGCAGGAGGACUGGAUAGAGGAGGAAUGUCACCGCGUAGAGGCUCAGCUGGCCCUAAAAAAGGCCCGGAAGGAGAUCCGGCAGCUUCAGGAGGCUGUUGACACAGUUAAGUCCAACCUGGGGACAGAGGCAGAUCAACAGGACUGCAAGUCUGAAGGUCUAGGUGUCGGUAGGAUAAACCAACGGUUUGGGGCAUCAAGGUCUUGUGGCUGCUCUCCAGCCCACACCAUGAGUCGCAGCGCCACCUUCACCAGGCUGAGCAGUGAUACGUCACCUGGCGCUACAGACCGCAAUGGAAAUGUAUGUUCUGAUCGCUACAUCCCCGCCAACAGAGGGGCAAUGACGUUACCGAGAGGUGAUGGGCGUACUCAUCUACUUCUGGAAGCAGCUUUACUGUCUGAACAAGUCCCUCACGCAACGCUAUGCUCCACUUUGUCGCGAUCAUCAACCUGCGAGAGAUUGUGUAGCGGAGAGACGGUGUUGCCUGUUAGCCGGUCCUGUCAUGCUGUUAAUAACAACUGUAGCUGUGGUCCACAUGCCUACCUCCAACACCACCAUCUGUUUCUGCACCUCCCACAGGAGGAAGCACCACCUCCUCCUCCAACAGCACCCCCUAGUGCAUCCGAAGUGAGUGACAGGCCAGGGUACCGGUCGCAGGCCUGUAGCCCCACCAUAACCUGGAUCUCCGAAGAGGGCGGAGGAGAGGAAUUGAGCGUCAUCACUUCAGCAACGUGCGCACCAGACGUCACUUUAGCUGAGCCACUGGUGUUUUCGCCAUCCUCCGCCACUACUUCACCUGCUCAGAUGUCUUACAUCACAGAAACUUUACCGCUAGACAGCACAGUUGAAUUUACAUCAACAGCGACACCAACAGUGCUGACCAAGCCACAGGUUCAGCAACCGUGUCCCAGAGCGCCACCACCUCUCGAGCUGCCGCCACUGGAAACAACGGUAGUAAAAGUCAAUGAUGAAGAUGGAGUGGAGGAGGAUGAAGAAUCAACUCCCCCUCAGAGGAGCCACUGGAGCCGCUAUUUCCUGAUCGACCUCCUAGCGGUGGCCGUUCCCGUAGUUCCGACACUGGCGUGGCUUUGCCGAGGGCCACGGAAUGAAGGCAUGCCGAUGUACAACAUGAGCUCCCUGUUGCGCGGAUGCUGCGCCGUCGCGCUACACUCUCUCAGACGGGUUGGCAGUGGCUGUGGUCGCGUCCCCUCGGCAACAGGAAACGCGACACCUAUCUGAUAACUUUAACAUUACAGUACCAUCAAAAACUUUUAACUGGACCUUGUGUGAACUCUUUG